GCAGAGCGCGGAGGCCCCUCGCUGCGCGCGAAUGGAAAUCAGGGCGGCGGAGGCGGUGAGCGGCUCUCCCUGCCUCUGCCGCUGCUGAGUGCCGCCGCCUCCGGGCUCUAUAUAUGAAGGCGAUGAGGGCGCCUCCGCCACGUGGCUCCGAAGCCCGAGGCUGCGAGGAAGAGGAGGAGGAGGAGGGAGGGGAGGAGGAGGAGGAGAGGGAGAGGAAGGCUGGAAGAAGGCGCGAGUGCGGACUCUGAUCCCCCGUCCCGCCGCUGGCCAUGAGCUGCUCGGGGCUGGCGAGGCACCUCCCGCCGACCCAGGACGAGGCGGCUCCCCUCGCGCCCGGACAACAGAGUAAAAUAAUUGUGUACCACAAGAUGCAGGAAUCUCUGGAAGUGACACUUCCCACUAAACAAGAGGAGGAAGAGAAAGAUCAGCCUACAGAGAUGGAGUACCUUAACUCUCGCUGCGUCCUUUUCACUUACUUUCAGGGAGACAUUGGAUCAGUAGUGGAUGAACACUUCUCAAGAGCUUUAAACCAAGCCAGGAGCUUCAGUCAGGAGACUACCAUUUCAAGAAGUAAAACAGGGCUAAACCCGCUAUGGCGAGAAAAUACAGCAAUAGCAAGCCAAAGGAGUGGGUUUCCAGCUUCAUUUUGGACCAGUUCUUAUCAGACUCCUCCUCCAUGCUUAAGUGGAGUCCAUCACGAUUUCCAAGUUACUGCACCAGGCACCUUCUCAACAGCGGAUGCCAGCGGCUGGCCAUCACAUGCCCUGCAUCAGACUGCUCCACCUCCUUCGCCUAGUAUGUCAGAAUCUUGGCAUUAUCCAUUAGCAUCUCAGGUGAGCCCUUCCUAUGGACACAUGCAUGAUGUGUACAUGCACCAUCACCAUCCACAUAUGCAUCACCACCAUCACCGCCCGACUUCGCACCUUGACCCACGGUAUAGACCUUUGCUGAUGCCAUCAGUUUGUGCAGCCAAGAUUCCUUCACCACAGUGUGACGCAACAAAAACAGACCCUUCUGCGGUUACUAGUGCUACCUCAGCAUGGGCAGGAGCCUUUCAUGGAACAGUCGACAUUGUUCCAAGUUUUGGGUUUGACACAGGCAUCCAACAUCAGGACAAAAGUAAGGAGACAUCCUGGUUCUGAAUUAUCAGUGACUCUUAUCAAAAAUCUAGAAUUCUCACCUUCAUGAAAGGGAUGCUGUGGUCUUUUGCAGAGUUGCACCAGACAUACUGCUGAGCAGAGAGAUGAUGAACCAACCAGUUGUGAUUUUGUUCUUAAGCCUUUAUCUUUGGAAAGCCAUUUUUAAAUCCCAGCAUGUUGAAAGGAAAAAAACGAGAAAGCUAAAUACUUUUUGUUGUAUAUCAUUGUCAUCUGAGCCUGUGGCAGCAUCCCAGCAACAUGAUGUCUUUUUACUCCUUCUAACAGUGUUUUGCUUAGUUGUGUGUUAUCUGCACCAAGACACAGCCUUGAUUGUCAGGAGGGACCUAGCCUUGACUAGCAGGCAUCCUUCAGGAAUAAAGUUUUUGUAGCUCUUUUGUGCAUUUAUUUUUGUAGUAAUACAGAAAGUUUGCAUAAGCAUCAGUGGGCUAUUUUAGACCAAUGUAAUAUUUUUAAAAUUUAAAGUUUAAAAUUGUUCUGUUCUGUUUAAAGAACUUGCUCACAGAGAUGCACUGCCAAAAACUUUAAAAUGCAUAGUUUAUAGAGGUCCGAUGUGCUUGUAUGAGAUUUUGUUGUUAUUUGCUAAAAUACUUGGCAAUUCUCAAAUGGUUCAUGUAACAACCCCACAAGAUCUUGAAUGUACUUUGCCUUUUGCUUAUGUAAUUGUUCAAAUGCAAAAUAGUUUCUGUGACAGCUCUAUCACUGAAUUUUCAAAAAUUUACUUUGCUGCUGUUAAAGACAACUUUGAGUUAAGAGAGAUGAUGAGAAAAUAUCUGGAAAAGCAAGGCUCCAUGUCAUGUUUGGAAAUGAAAAUAAUAAGCACAGAGUUGGGAUAUAUUAACACUGUAUAUAAUAGUUACUAAUUGACACACUUUGACACCACUUGAUCUGUGAUGGCUCAAUGAUGUGGAAUCAAGGAAUUGUAGUUUUACAAGGUGCUUAGCCUUCUCUGCCAAACUGCUGGUGCCUCACCAAACUACAGUUACCAAGAUCCUAUGGCAUUGGACCAUGGCAGUUAAAAGUGAUGUCAAACUGCAUUAAUUUUACAGCGCAUAUGCACCCUGAGUUUUAUCUUUUAAACUGGUUUCAGUUUAAAACUCACUGGGAGCUUAUGAGAGUUAUGGCUCCUAAAAAUGUGGCAGCUGACAAGGGAUUCAGUCCCUCCCUAAAAUGUCCUGUUUUCUGACCCUGUGAUACUUCCUUUUCUUUUCACCAACUCCCAUUUGUAACUCCUAGAACAUCUAGUUGGGCUUUCAAAGGAACUCAAAUGAUGUCCAGUGGAGUUUAGAAGAUCCCUAUUCAUGCAAUGAUUGGAUUAUAGAGAAAAUUAUUGGGCUAGUCUGUAAGUCUUGUAUAAUGGAAUAUAAAGCCCUAUAGGAUGCAGCACAGAAUUUGUAAGGGCAGUCAUGAGCACAUCACAGCAGAUUGUUGCUGCACCAUUUUGGGGAUAGCACCUCAUAGGUCCUACAGAUGUCUACUUAUAUAUAUAUAUACAGCCCUAUAAACAGACUUCAUGUAGGGUUACGGCCUGCCUCUUCUCCUGUAAGCUGCUACUGUUAUGGAAAGUCAUAGGGAAGUCAUUUGCUGGAAGUCAAUGAGGCUAAUAAGAACUGAAUGAAUUUGCAGUUAGAAGCAAAUGAAAUUGAAAUCUGUGGCCCGAACUGAUUCUGCAGUUAUCCAUAGGAUAACUUUCCACUAAUGGUUGUUGCAUUGAGAAUGAGGUUUCUGUGAAAAUUUGUAUAUUGAAAAAAAUCAGGGCUAUUAAAUACUGGAAUAAAAUUA